CUCAACGAACCAGUACCGCGAAACCCACGCUCAAGACGCCGCCAUUUUUUCCUUUUAUUUUUUUUUUAUCAGUACCCAUUCAAAUUAAGAACAAUAAAUUAAAAAUAUGUGUAGUGAUGUGCCAGUAAUAUGGAGAUAAAAUCGUUAUUAGUUCUGUCCUUAAUUUGGGCAUUAGUAGAUAGUUGCACCACACCACUAGGUGAAACAAGCCAGUGUGUCAGUCUGUAUGACUGUCCUGCUCUGUUGUCUGCAUUCGAGCAUCGCCCAUUGCCGAGCUCCGUAAUCAGCUUCCUGAAGAGGUCCUCUUGUGGCUUCGAGGGCUACGUGCCCAGGGUCUGCUGUGGUCCACUCCCGACGCAAGACGAGGAGCAACCAACUCAAAGGCCCUGGUCAUCCACCACCGAGUCAAACAACAACGAUGUUGAUCCAGUGGAAGAUGAGGACUCUUACCCAGCGCCCAGGGACCAGUGUGGCGUCGACACUAACGGAGACAGAAUUUAUGGAGGACAGUUCACGGACCUGGAUGAGUUCCCGUGGAUGGCAUUGUUAGGGUACAAGACAGCCUCCGGUAGAAUUACCUACCAGUGUGGAGGCGUCCUAGUCAACCGCCGAUAUGUGUUGACUGCGGCUCACUGUGUCACCGGCGCUAUUGAACAACAAUUGGGAACUUUGGUCACGGUUCGUUUAGGGGAAUACGACACCCAGACGGAGGUAGACUGCAGCGACGGCGUCUGCGCAGACCCUCCUCAGAACAUCCCAGUGGCGGCUGCUUACCCUCACUCUGGGUACUCUGAGAAGAACAAGAAUAGGAGGGAUGAUAUUGGACUGGUCAGGCUGGCGAGGCGAGCCAGGUAUUCCUAUUACGUCCAGCCAAUAUGCCUGGUCGGCAAUGGACGUAUAUCCGACGGUAGUGACGUGUACGUCGCGGGUUGGGGGAAAACCUUAAACGGUAAGAGCAGUCCCGUGAAGCUAAAACUAAGUUUGCCCACGUUCAACAAAAACCAAUGCGCGCAAAAGUACAGGACACUAGGCGCCGAACUGAUUGAGAAACAGAUAUGUGCCGGCGGUUCUUUCGCCGAAGAUGCGUGCAGGGGCGACUCUGGUGGUCCUCUGAUGAGGAAGAGACCUGAAGGCAUAUGGGAAUCUAUCGGAAUCGUCUCCUUCGGCUACGGCUGCGGAAGAGAAGGCUGGCCAGGCGUCUACACCUCGGUCGCUGCAUACAAUGACUGGAUAAAGUCAAAAUUAUCCGCAACGAAUGUUUAGUGAAGUUAGGAAUUUUAAUUUAUUUUGAAUUUAGGAGUGAAUGGAGUAAAGUUCAAAUAUGAACUAUUUUUUUAUGAAUAAAUAGUGUCUGGGACACGAUAAAAUAUUUGCAAAGAUAUGUCGUAAAUCAAAA